UUCCUGCGCGAGUUUGUGGAAGAGUUUCCCGAACCACUGAGCCCAGAAGACCCGCUGCCCCUCACACCCAUGAGUAGCAGGAUUGGUGUCGACGAGGUGCGGGGCGAGAGCCUAGACUGGGCACAACGGCUGCUUGCUGCCAGGUCAGUAGACGGGUGCGCCUGCAUCAAUGUGCUGCAGCUGCUUGCAUACAAAAGGCUUGAUGAGCCAGUUCAAGUUCCAGGUGGGGAAUGCAGUCAUACCUAUAGAGUAAAGAACAUCAUGUUACUCUGAUUAAGCAUUGUAAAAGAUGCAAGUCUAUUUUAGAGAAUUGUCUGGUGAAGAAACAGUUCAUUUGCUGCUCAUGGGAGUUUUAUUUGCAAAAAAAACAAUGAUUGGUUUAAAAAGAGAACUAAUCCCAUUGUGGAGGAGGCGAGUUCUAGCAACUAGAGGAGGAGGUACCAAGACAUCUAAUUGGCUGGUCUGACGUCUGCCCAAGGUCUGAUUGGUUAUCUCUCUGAACCAAUCAUUUUUCAUUCUGUCCUCAGAACAUUUUUGUUCAAGUAAAACACCCCUGAGCCCAUUUGUCUUAAAACGCAAUGGGGAAAGAUGGUGUAAUUAUACAGUAAACAACAGACUUUACAUCAAGGCAGUUGCUUGAUACACAUGCACACCUUUGGUCAGCUGGCUGGCAUUUUCAGUUCAAGUCUGCGCUCGCACGCAUUUACAUGUAUGUAACAGUUUUAUUACCUUGUAAAUACUCUGCACAGUUGGCAAACUAUCUCAACGCUCGUCAAAUGCUUCACAGUAGUGAAUCGAUCGUGCGCAGUGUGUCCAGAGCUGUUCCAACACUGCUGCCCAGACACACAUUUGGAGUGCAGCAGGCAUUUGUCCACAGAGGUGCACAAUGAUGUCACAGGCUUCAUAGACGUUCAAGCGGACACAUCCGCUAGUACGCUUACGUAGAAGUAUGAACCAACCGUAAUAUAUAGCUAUGCGUUUUGUGAGCAGGAUAGAAUAUCCUAAAUUAAAUGUUGGGUGUAUUAUUUGACACAUGGUUGGAUUCUAAAUCCAUUAAGAUCUACAGCCCUGCCUGGUCCCCUGUGUCCUGGCCAGUGUGUUUUCAGCAUUAAACACAGCAGGUCUCACCUAACGAACGCUGAUGUGCUGAAGAGUAGGAGGCGAUUAAUGAGUAAUCUGUAGGCCAUGCCUGUGUUUUUUUCUGACUUGUCUUCCUCUUAGAAUGUUUUGGGGAUAAGCUCUGACUUCCUCUGAGCAGAACCAGCAUUGUUUAGCCCUCUUCCUGGUUUUCAAAACACAUUUCCUGUUUCAGUCUGCUUUGCAGCACACUUACAAAAUGCGGCGAAGAUUGCAGCACGGUGAGCAGGGGAAACGCGCAUGAGCAGUCUGCAGUUUAGUGAGCUGCGAUUCCUUUAGCGCUGGCGUUCCUUCUUGGUGGGCGGGGAGGGGGGAACAACCUUUACUUAGUGGUUGUAGAUCUGUCUCAUGGAUUAUUUUGCAACUGCUAGUAACCAUAGUUGCGUUGAAUUUUACUGAGGAAUCUGUUUCUCAUUCCAGACUGCUGAUUGGUGUCUCCCUGGAGACCCUGUUCUUUUCUUGUUUUUUUUAGAUACUCCUUUCAGAACUGUGUGUUGCAGAGUUUGGCAGAAUGGUACUGCAAGGAAGGCAUAGAUGAGUGAAAAACCUCACUUGAGUCCCACAUAUAUGGCAGAAUGCCUUGCUUGCUUGUGUGUUCCCCCUUUUGAAUGUGCAUUUACUGUAAGCCUGGAUGGACAGAGUCUAAGCAGACAGAUUGGACUUGCGCAUGGUUGGCUGUAAUAUUCAGCUUGGCACUAAUAGGAUUAGUGUAAGCUAGGGGCCAUAAUGACAUCCUUUGUUUCUGUCCUGUUUAUUCGAGAGCCUCCUGAUUCCUCCUAGAAACAGGAAUGCGUAUCUCAGCAGCAGCGUUUGUCAGCUCGUCGAUGACCUCAUUGUCCGAGGCCCAGCUGUGUCACUGAUUCUGGAUGAGACCCUCGGAAGUUGGGGACCGUUACAGCCUCCCUGCAGCCCUGUGAAAAUGCUCUGCAAGUGUACAGAUCUUGAGGACGAAACUCUGUGGUCCUAAUGAUGACAGGAUGAGCUUCCUCCGCUGUGUAACUGUAACUGUCACCUCUGUGAGGGAAAUCCCUUCCUUGUUUCUGGGUGAUCCGAGGUGGAAAGCCCCCCCUCUGCUGACUGCCCUGCUUUGCCACACAGCCGUGACAGAGCUCCUGAAGAGCGACCUGACGACCUGUCACUGCACCACGGACCCCGGGCAGGAGCCUAUCUUUCUCCAGUCCAGCUCUGUUCAGCGGCUUCUCUUCAGCAAGCUGCGGGAGGUUGUCUUCUCCUGGCAUCAGACUCCCCCCGCCCUGCCCUUGGGCCCCUCACGCUUCCUCCUCUGCUCCACACACGCCAUCCGUAACACGCGCCGAAAGAUGGAGGACCGGCAUGUUGCCCUUUCAGAAUUCAAUCAGAUGUUUGGAAUCCAGGAUGGGGUGGACCGUGGGUACUAUGCGGUUUUUGAUGGCCACGGUGGGGUUGAUGCCGCCACCUUUGCCGCCACCCACCUGCAUGUGCUGCUGGGCCAGCAUGAGGCGCUAGCAAGCAACCCCAGCGAGGCCCUCAGGAACUCCUUCAGCUGCACAGAUGACAUGUUCAAGGAGAAGGCUACUAGAGAGCGCCUGCGCAGCGGCAGCACGGGUGUGGCAGUGCUCCUGGCGGGUGAUUGGCUGCACGUGGCCUGGCUGGGCGACUCCCAGGCUAUGCUGGUGCGGCAGGGUGACCCUGUCACGCUCAUGGACCCCCACAAACCGGAGCGCGAGGAUGAGAAGCAAAGGAUCGAAGACCUGGGAGGAUGCAUCACUUUCAUGGGUUGCUGGAGAGUCAAUGGCACUUAUGCCGUUUCUAGAGCGAUCGGUGACUUUGAUCAGAAGCCCUACAUUUCCGGUGAUGCGGACUGCGCCUCGCUGCAGUUGGAUGGGCGGGAGGACUACGUGUUGCUGGCGUGCGACGGCUUCUUCGACACAGUACGGCCGGCUGAUGUGCCGGGGCUGGUGCACGAUGCACUGUUGGAGGGUGCAGGUGAGGUCGAUGCCGUCGCCCAACAACUGGUGGCGCAGGCCAAGGCGGCGGGCUCCAGCGACAACAUCACCGUGCUGCUGGUGUUUCUGCGCGAGCCGGCGCUGCUGCUCCACGAGGCAGGACAUCCCCUCGGACUGGCAGCCAGGCCUCCACCAGAUGGCACCCCGACUCAGCGGGAGGACACAGGGGGGCCCGGUGCUACCCUGAGCCGGUAGCUCGGCUUUGCAGUGUGUCAGGCUGCUGGGUCCUGUCCUACUUCAACCUGUGCCAGCCAGUGAUCCAUUCAAACCCUCAGCAGCGGCCUGCUGGCGAUCCACUCGAACCCUCAGCAGCAGGCGGUCGGCGAUCCACUCAAACCUUUAGCAGUGGCCGGCCUUGGCUUAUGCCAUCAUCCGGCCUGCCAGCUUUCUGACUGCAUUGUGAACAUGUAUAGCGCUCUACCAAAAUCAGCCGAACAUGUUCUGCUCUAGCUGCCUGCCUUUUGUCAGAUGGUGCAUUAUUUGGGUCACUGUUACACUCAAAGGCCUGAUUUCACCCUCAUGUUCGGAUGCCUGUGUGUGUGUCUCAGUGUCUUCCUGAAAUCUGCUCAGUGUCGCCUUCAUACUUGAUACGUAUUGCAUCAUAUCCUGUUUACAUGUGUUUGUGUGUGUAUAUCUCCAGCAGUAUGAAUGUGUGUGUUUCACUGCACACAUCAGUGAUGCAUUCUUCUGUGCUGUGAAAAGGGUCCCUCCCCCACAAUAUAGGACACAACAAACCAGCUACAAAACAAAAUAAACAUUUUGGCCAAGUUUUCAUCUCCGUUAGUGUUGUGCUCCCCAGUAUUGCCGGUUGGUUAAACUCACCAAAGACUGCUUUACUGCUGAGGAUAUGCCUACAACUGAGACCCACAGGCAUCUUCAGCUGGGGCUUUGGGUAUUACUGUAUUACAAAUAUCUUUAAUAAUUUAAUCCCUGCUGGCAAAUGGCUGUUAUAUGAUGUCACUGGGCUAUCAUUAGAAGACCAAAGAAUAUUGGAUAAAAGCCGAGAAGAACAGUGAGUGCUGGAGUCAAAUGACCCGCCUCAGAUUAUCUGGCAGGCAGUCUCCUCCAAAUCUCCCCUGGCCAGUGGGCGGGCCUUUUGGAUUGACUGUAAACGGCAGCCAGUUGCAGCAGCUAUCGGGAGAGAUUUGAUCAUAAGAGUGGAUAAGAGAUUGUGCUGUUAAUGAAGGGCUUGUUAAUGGAUGGGACACCAGUUAAGAGUGAAAUUAAGAUUACUCAAAGAUGAAUCCAAUCUCCAGUAAGGGUAUAAUGCAUCUUGGGGGUUGGUUGCUUAGCGCAUAUGCGGCAAAAUAUUUUGUGGUCUAUAAAUGCACACUGAAAAGCCUGCAAAUCCACGUCAGCAAAUGAUUUAAUCUGACAAUAAACACAACUUAUAUUUGACAUGACUUCCCCACAAUGCGGUAUGACUGCUGGGAAAUGUUAGAACAGUUUAUCUCAAACUCUGGCGCUUUCUCUUUGACAUUAUCAAUAUCUGAUAACACUUCGUGUGUGUGUGUGUGUGUGUGUGUGUGUGUGUGUG